AUGAAUAGUAACAGUAUUUGUGAAAUACAUAACAAAAGUCUUAAGUUCAUAUGUUUUGAUUGUAAUGUUUUAACAUGUUCUAUCUGUUCAACAAAACACUUUGGUCAUUCAUGUGAACAUAUUUUCAACAUUAAAUCAAAGAUAAACAACAACAAUAAGACUGAUCCAAUCACAGAUGAAAGCGAAGUAAAUAAUAAUCAUAAUAAUAAUAAUAAUAGUGUGAGAGAAAUCUUAAAAGAUGUUCAAACAGGUAUUCAAUCGACUUUCGAUUCUUUGAAAUUAAAAGUAAAAGAAUAUGAAAAAUUAAAGAAAACAGAGCAUGAAAUAUCGAGUGAAUUCAAAGAGCUACAUGAAUUCCUUGUGGUGGAAGAACAUAAACUCAAGAAGCCGAUCAUCGAUAGUAAAGAACAAACAGAACAACAAAUAGAGAAACAAGUUAAAAUCAUGAAAUCAUUGAAUUCAAUCAAUAAUCACUUCACCAACCACCAAUCAGAUUCACAAUCGUCAUCAUCUUCCUCUUCACAACCAAUAGCAGCAUCAGCAGAUACAGUAGAGAGAUAUCAAAUAUCAACAAUUAUAGAAUCGAUUUCACAAUCAUCGAAUCACAAUGAAUUCAUCUCAAACAACAGCAAUACAUUAUUCCAUUUCGAUACUGAUUCAUCUAAAAAAGUAAACAAUGAUGAUCUUUCACUUUUAAAUGUAUUACUGGAACACAACAAAACAAUUAAAAUGAAUAAUUGUGAUGACAAUCAACCAUCAAAAUCACAACAAUAUCAAUUGAUAGUCGAUAAUGACCAAAUCAAUAAAAUCAAGAAUCAAUUUCAAUCUUCAUUCAAAUUGAAAUCAAAUCAAUCACACAUCAUUCAACCCAAACAAUCAUAUAUAUUUUCAACUGAUAAAAAUAAUAAAAUAUCUAUCAUCAAUAUUACAGAUCGAAACAACAUUCAUUUUGAACAACAAAUCAAGAUGGAAAUGAAGAGUUCAUUUGCAGUAUUCAACUCCAUUGUAAAAGUUAAAGACUUUAUCUAUAUAUUUGGUGGUGCUAAUUUUGGCUACAGCAAGUUUAUCAAGUAUUCAAUUAACACCAAAACUUUAGUUAUCAAUGAAAUGAAAGGAGUUGAUCAUUGCCAAUUUUUAUCUGCUUGUUAUGAUGGACAAGAUCAUAUCUAUUUAUUAGAUGGAGUUAAUAAAUUUAUAACUGAAAUCUACAGAUACGAGAUCAACAAUUCAGCAUUCGAAAAAUACUCAACGAUGGUAGCUACAAGUCACCAAAUACUAACAUUCAUCUUCAAAGAUUAUAUCUAUACUGUAUCUGGAGGUACUAAAAAGAUUUUAAUGUUUGAUAUAAGAAAGAAAACAGCAGUUGAAUUACAAUUAAGAAUCCCUGGUAACAAUGUAUUGGCAGCAUGUACAGAUGGCGGUGGCAAUAUAUUUAUGGUAUCAGAAUUAGGAUUACAACGAAUCAACAUUGAAACACAUGAAAUCAAAUUGUUUGAUAACAGUAUAAUCGGAAGCCAUUCGUACCACGAUUUGGUUUAUCAUCAAUCAAAUGAUGGUCAAAGUUUUAUUUAUUCAAUCCAAGGAAAGAGAGGAAAUUUAAUGUUUUCGUUGGAAAACAAAAAAUGGGAAUCUAUUCUCCAAGAUGAUCAAUGUGUCAGAACAGAUUGUGCAACCUUAUUUUUUCAACAAUAG